GGGAGCCGUAAGUGAGUGCAGCGGGAGCCGUGAAUAGGUCUUUGGAGCUCUUGGGAGCAGGCUAUAGCUCUGGGGUAGAAGUGAGGCUGAUCAGAAGCCAAAAGCGCUGGACUCACGGCCGCAUCAUGUCCAGCUCCCUGCUGGCUGGAGGUCAUGUGGUCAGCUUGACUCCCCACGAAGAAUCCAGGAUGGCCCUGCACCCAAGCUCCAACCCCAGCCUCCCAGCACUGUGUCCUUACUACACCACAGAGAGCUGGGGAACCCAGCCUCUGAUGGCCCCCACACUCUGCAAAGGCACCUCCAGCAGGUUCCAGCCUGCUCAGCAAACAGAAGCCAAAGCUCACUGCCCCCUGCAGCACCCUGGGGAGCAGGCCUCAGGGACCUCACAGGACCUCGACUCCUGCAUUGACUUCUCACUGGAGACCCUCAACCAGAUGAUCCUGGAACUAGACCCCACCUUCCAGUUGCUUCCCUCUGGGACUGCUGGUCCCCAGGCUGAGCAGGCCAGCAGCAUCACUUCAAGGAGCAAGAAGGAGGAACCUGAAGCCUUAGAUAUAAAGUACAUCGAAGUGACCUCCACCAGAUCAAGAUGCUUCGACGGUCCCCAACGCUGCUCCAGCCCGUGUGUGACUCCACCCUUUGGCUCCCCACGCAACGGCAGCCUCCUUUUCUCCAGAGACAUUCCCCGAGAGACUCGAAGCAGCAGCGAGAGCCUCAUCUUCUCUGGGAACCAGGGCAGGGGUCCCUCUCCCCAUACCCCAUCUUCCCUUAGCAGUUCCAGCUCUGGCCUGGAGAGCAGGGCCUCAGUCUCCCCACUGGCCACUCCUCCAGGUUGGGAGAAAGGACCAAGGGCCCCACAGCGGGGCAGCAGGGUCUCUGUGCUGUCAGCCAGCCCCACGUCAGAUGUCAGCUAUGUAUUUGGAAGCAGCCAGUCCCUCCCACACUCAAGCCUCUCCAGUUAUCAGUCGUCUUCGCGAUCCUUGGCGAGUCCAGCCAGCUCCUCUUCCAGCCUCCACAGCCUGGACCGAGGGUCCCCGUGUGUGAGACCUGGUGAUGCCCAGGCUCCCAGCAACCCAAUACCGAACAUGGGCCAGCCCCAAGCGGCCUACUGUCCUCCAGUAGCCAAGGAGCAGGCCAGCAGUUGCCCCGCUUCUGUCACCAACUCCAUGGUGGACGUACCCAUUGUACUAAUCAAUGGGUGCCCAGAACCACAGUCUCCCCCAGCCUGGCAGACACCAGGACACCAGGGCUCUGUCCAGCCUCGGGCUGCAUCUCCCAGCCACCCCUGUCAGGCUACCAAGAGCCACAGCCAGACUCUGCCAGAUGGUCCUGUCACUGCAUCUCCAGACGGUGCUGCCAAGGGCAUGCAGCCCACCAUGAAGUUCGUGAUGGACACAUCCAAAUACUGGUUUAAGCCAAGCAUUACUCGAGAGCAAGCGAUUGAUCUGCUGAGGAAGGAGAAACCAGGUGCUUUCGUCAUCAGGGACAGUUCCUCCUACCGGGGUUCCUUCGGCCUUGCCCUGAAGGUACAGGAGACGCCAGCUUCUGCCCCAAACCGACCAGGUGAGGACAGUGCUGACCUUAUACGUCACUUCCUGGUGGAGUCUUCAGCCAAAGGGGUGCAUCUGAAAGGAGCAGAUGAGGAGCCCUAUUUUGGGAGCCUCUCUGCCUUCGUGUGUCAACACUCCAUCAUGGCCCUGGCCCUGCCCUGCAAGCUCACCAUCCCACAGAAAGAACUGGGAGGCACAGAACCAGCGCUGGAGUCCCCCACGCAUGGCCAGACCUCUUGCCUGAAGAUAUCAGCUGGCUGCCACACCCUGUACCUGAGCUCGGUGAGCGUGGAGACCCUGAGCGGAGCCCUGGCUGUGCAGAAGGCCAUCUCAGUCACCUUGGAGAGGGAUGUCCUCCCCACACCUACUGUGGUCCAUUUCAAAGUCACUGAACAGGGCAUCACUCUGACAGAUGUCCAGAGAAAGUUGUUUUUCCGACGCCACUACCCACUCGCCACCCUCCGCUUCUGUGGAAUGGACCCUGAGCAACGGAAGUGGCAAAAGUACUGCAAAGCUUCCAGGAUCUUUGGGUUUGUGGCCAAGAGCCAGACAGAGACACAAGAGAACGUGUGCCACCUCUUCGCAGAGUACGAAGCAGUCCAGCCAGCUCUCCAGGUCAUCAGCCUGGUGACUGCUCUGCUCCAGGAUGCAGACAGGGUGUAGGAGAAGGGAGCUGCCUAUGGACCUUCCCUGACAUCUCAAGAGACUUUCCCUGGCCAUGCCGCUGUGGCCACAUCGACAGACUUGACUGACGAACCUGAGGACAGAGCAAGUUGAAGCCUUUGAGCCUGCUGUGACGUUCAGCAGUAACCUUCACCCAGUUCUUGGGCCUCAGGCUCUUCAAUUAUAUAUAAAGAGACCCAUCCACAAGAAAACGGUCCCUUGAGCCCGGCGGUGGUGGCGCACGCCUUUAAUCCCAGCA